AUGUGGAACACUUCCCAUGCCAACUUCUCCUGCUACCACGAGUCUGUGCUAGGCUAUCGUUAUGUGGCGGUUAGCUGGGGAGUGGUGGUGUCUGUGACAGGCACCGUGGGCAAUGUGCUCACCCUACUAGCCUUGGCCAUCCAGCCCAAGCUCCGUACCCGAUUCAACCUGCUCAUCGCCAACCUCACACUGGCUGAUCUGCUCUACUGUACCCUUCUCCAGCCCUUCUCUGUGGACACCUACCUCCACCUGCACUGGCGCACUGGUGCCACCUUCUGCAGGAUAUUUGGACUCCUCCUUUUUGCUUCCAAUUCUGUCUCCAUCCUCACCCUCUGCCUCAUUGCACUGGGACGCUACCUCCUCAUUGCCCACCCUAAGCUUUUUCCCCGAGUUUUCAGUGAAAAGGGGAUAGUGCUGGCACUGGUGAGCACCUGGGUUGUAGGUAUAGCCAGCUUUGCCCCACUCUGGCCUAUCUAUAUCUUAGUACCUGUAGUUUGCACCUGCAGCUUUGACCGCAUCCGGGGUCAGCCUUACACCACCAUCCUCAUGGGCAUCUACUUUGUGCUUGGGCUCAGCAGCGUUGGCGUCUUCUACUGCCUCAUCCACCGCCAGGUGAGACGAGCAGCACAGGCACUGGAGCAAUACAAGCUGAGACAGGCAAGCAUUCGCUCCAACCAUGUGGCUGGGAUGGACAAGGCCAUGCCUGGUCAUUUCCAGGAGCUGGACAGCAGGCUGGCAUCAGGAGGACCCAGUGAGGGAACUUCAUCUGAGCCAGUCAGUGCCGCCACCACCCAGACCCUGGAAGGAGACUCAUCAGAAGUGGAAGACCAGAGAAACAGCAAAGUAGCUAAGCAGAAGGCAGAGAAAAACCCUCCAGAAGCACCUUCCAAAGCCCGGCCCACUAAAGGAGCCCAAAGAGUUCAGGACUCCUCCUCAGAGUUUGGGAAGGUUACUCGGAUGUGUUUUGCUGUCUUCCUCUGCUUUGCCCUAAGCUACAUACCCUUCUUGCUACUCAACAUCCUGGACACCAAGGUUCAGGCUCCCCGAGUGGUUCACAUGCUUGCUGCCAACCUCACCUGGCUCAAUGGUUGCAUCAACCCUGUGCUCUAUGCAGCCAUGAACCGCCAAUUCCGCCAAGCAUACAGCUCCCUCUUAAAACGAGGGCCCCAGAGUUUCCAUAGGUUUCGUUAG